AUGCGUGCUCUGUCUCUUCUCCUCGUACUAUCCUCCGUCGCGGAGGCGGUAUCUACCGGCCAACGCCGAAAGAUUGUUCAGUCGUUUAAUGUACGCCGAACCAAGAGCUCUGAUUCCACCCCCUUGCAGGUUGGAAAUGGCAACUUUGCCUUUGGUGCGGAUGUCACCGGGUUGCAGACCUUCAAGCCAUAUGCCAUCAUGUCAACAUGGGGCUGGCACAAUUUCAGCCUCCCUACGACGCCUGGCCAGACUUCCGUGGAUGACUACACCGGCUUGGAGAUGUGGACGCACGGCAGACUUGUCCCGUAUGAAGUACCAAACCCGGCUCAGAACGAUAUUUCAAACUGGCUCAGGGAGAACCCUCAUCGGCUUAACCUAGCCAGGGUUGGGCUUGACUUCGACAAGAAAGAUGUCAUAGAGGACGACCUACGGCAUAAGUCACAGGAACUGGAUAUGUGGACUGGGAGGUUGUCAUCAUCCUUUGUUUAUGACGGAUCUCCUGUGAGGAUCGAGACGUGGGCCGAUCCGGAUUCAGAUACCGUCGCAGUCAAGGUCGACUCGAAGCUGUUAAGAAGGGGCCUUGGUGUCUUCUUCGACUUCCCGUACCCUGACAACGAGAAGUUCAACGCCCCCUUUGUCGGUCACUUCAACCUCAGUUCCAAACAUUCCACUACCUUGGAUAAACUGUCUUCCAACUCCGCCAGAAUAACACAUACCCUAGAUGCGACAACCUACUACACCCAUCUCUCAUGGACCGGCCACGGAAACAUCCACGGUCCCACCACCGGAACCCACCGCUACACCUUCACCUCACCCCAAACCAACACCGCCCAACUCACCAUCACCUUCUCCCCCACACCCCACCCUCUCCCAACCACCUACCCCCUCAUCACCACCGCCUCCCGCCGCUGGUGGCACACCUUCUGGACCCACGGCGCCUUCAUCGACCUCACCUCCGUCCACGACCCGCGCGCCCACCAGCUCCAAAAACGCAUCAUCCUCUCCCAGUACCUCACCACCAUCAACUCGGCCUCCUCCUAUCCCCCACAAGAAUCCGGCUUCGUCAACAACGGCUGGCACGGCAAAUUCCACCUGGAAAUGACCCUCUGGCACACCCUGCCCUUCGCCCGCUGGAACCACCCUGACCUGCUGCGCCGCAGCCAGCCCGCCACCUACGAGCGGCUGCUCCCCGCGGCCGUGGCGCGCGCGCGCGCACAGGGGUAUACCGGUGGAGCACGCUGGGGGAAAAUGACGGAUCCCCAGACGGGCCGCAGCGCGCCGGGGGAUAUCAAUGCGUUGUUGAUCUGGCAGCAGCCGCAUCCGUUGCACUUUGCCGAGGUGGAGUGGCGGGCGAGUGGGAAGGGGAGUGUGGCGGAGGUGGAGGUGCUGGAGCGUUGGGAUAGGAUUGUCACGGCCACGGCGGAUUUUAUGGCCGCGUAUGCGUGGUGGAAUGCCUCGACGGGGGUGUUUGAUCUUGGUCCGCCGAUGUAUCCUGUGUCGGAGAACACGGAUCCGAACGUGACGCGCAACGCGGCGUUUGAGUUGGCGUAUUGGCGGUUUGGACUGGAUGUGGCGGUGCGGUGGAAGGAGAGGAUGGGCCGGCCGGUGCCGCGGGAGUGGGUGACGGUGAGGGAUGGGCUGGCGCCGCUGCCGAUGGUGGACGGGACGUACGCUGUGUAUGAGGGAAUCGAGGGGAUGUGGACGUCGAAUGAGACGACGAAUGAUCACCCGGCCAUGGCGGGGAUUUAUGGACUGCUGCCGCCUCCGGCGAGUGGGAAGCCCCUUGAUAUGGAUGCGUUGAGAAAGACGGCGCGGAAGAUCAAGGAGUUGUGGGCGCUGGACUUUUCGUAUGGUUGGGACUUUUCUAUGCUGGCUAUGAACUCGCUGCGGCUAGGGGAUCCGGAGCAGGCGGUUGAGUAUCUACUACAUCCGAUCUUCGAGUUUGAUGAUGCUGGGUACCCGGUAGGGGGAUCAAGGGUACCGACACCGUAUUUCCCGAAUUCGGCCUCGUUGCUCGUUGCGACGGCUAUGAUGGCUGGGGGGUGGGAUGGUAAUGAAGGAAAGACGGGGCACUGGCCUAAGUCGUGGGAGGAAUAUGUGCGGGUAGAGGGAUUUCUGCCCGCGUUAUAA